UUUAUUAAAUAACUUAUGCUUCCAGAUUUUCUACAUUGGUUUUAACGUAUUUUUAUUGAGCAUUUAUUACUUGCGGUGUGAAAUGACGUCUGUUGAAUAUGAUUUAGAUACUUCUGGUGGCUUAAUGCCGCAAAUUCAGCAGGCCAUAGCACCACCUGUAUUGGAAGAUUCCUCUAAAAAGAAAAAGGAGCGUCAAGGAAGGUAUCGACGUCCCGGAAGAACAAUCAAUCAUGAUUCCUGUGACAAUUGCAAAGAAGGGGGUGAUCUCAUUUGCUGCGACCGAUGCCCAGCUGCAUUCCAUCUGAUGUGCCAUGAUCCUCCUCUGUCAGAAGAUGAUUUGCCAUCUGGAGAAUGGCUCUGUUACAAAUGUUUACACAGCCUGGAUAGUGAAGAGCCCCAUCGAGCUGGUACUUCCGGUCAAGAAGGGGGUGACCUUGCCGGCAAGCCAUCCUCCGAGAGUCCUCGCCAGAGUUUGCAUGGCAAGCCUUGUUCUGUGGUGAGCGCACUCAACAUGCUCAUAGAAGUUGCCAGACUUCAGAAUCCUGUGCAAUUCCAACUGCCCCAUGAAAUAUCCUGCACAAAUCUGUUUCCUGGUUCCAGUAAAAGACCGCGACCUAAAGAAAACAAUCGUUCCUCCAAGAAGGUAGCUCAUGAAAUUGACAACGGAGUCAUUCAUCUGCCUGCAAAGUUGUGUUUCCAGUGUAAAAGGAGCUGUCGGAAAGCGCCCCUCAUUCAGUGUGAUUACUGUCCACUGUUAAUUCAUGGUGAUUGUUUAGACCCUCCUCUUGCUACAUUACCACAAGGCAGAUGGAUGUGCCCCAACCAUGCAGAACACACACUGGACCGAAAGAUGCUGAGUUCAAUCAGCCUGUCUGAACGAGUGAAACUGUGGGACCAGUUUUCAGGCCCUGUGUCUCAGGAUGCUGUUAAAACAAGAUUUCUCAACAAGGUUAAUUGCCGGCAUCCUCCUUUUCGAAGAAAAAAGAAGCUGAUGUCUAGAAUCGGUAUCCUUGUUCCAAAUAGCGUAAAGGAGCAAUACCUUUAUGCCCCAGAACUACUGCCACGAAUCACUGCGCCUCUCAUUUUGGAAGCCAAUGCACCCACUAAUAUUCCGUCAUUUUCUCUUUCUGCCUGCCCUACUGAAGAGCAGGAUGAGUGGUUAGCAACUGUUAUCAACUUCCAGACGAGUGUUGCCAAGAAUGUUGCAUCGAGUAAUUCUGCUGAUGCUGAUGUCAAACCCAUCUUGGGUGACCUCCCAUCCGAAAGAUCAAAAGACGACGCACACUCGACCUCGGAUAAUGAUGCUCUGGGGGUUAAAGUGAAAACAGAGUUCUCAAGCAGUGUCCCGUCUGUCUUGUCGUCUCCCAUAGCCAAGUUCCCGUUGAUCGGAAGUCGAGGCAACCAGGUACCGACCAGAGUUCGUAGAGGGGGUUCUCACUCUAAGAAUCCAUGCUCAAUGUCUGUGAGUGUCCUCCAGCCUAGAUCAUCCAGCCUGUCCUCUGCUUUUAGUAGCAAUAUUUCUGCAAAAAAAGGUUUCUCUGUUAAAAGUGGUUCUCAAGAAAAAUUGUCUUCUGGUAGUGACCAGUCUGUAAUGAAACUCUUUCAUAGUCUUCAAUCUUCUAUUGAUGGGACAGAAGAUUUGAACUUGCAAAAAAUUGAUGAAAAAUUGUUGCAUCUGCUGGCCUAUCAAAGACUUCAGCAGCUGUUGCCCAAGAAGAAAACUGAAGAGAGAAGUGGACAGCUAAAUAGUGAAGGUUCUUGUGAAGUAAGGGGUCGUGCAGUAGUCUGUCCUUUGGAAAAAAGAGGGCCCCCUGUGUCUAUGUGCUAUAGGUCAUUGCAUCUUGGAAUUGGUGCAGAUAUGGACGUAUGCUUUACAAAUUAUGGUCAUUGUAAUUUUGUGUCUACAAAACAUGCAUCAGUUUUUUAUGAUGAGGUGACGAAACAUUAUGAGCUGCUGAAUUACAGCAGUUUUGGAACCACAGUAGACAACAUCUUAUAUUCUCCCGAUGUCGGGGAACGAGUGUUCGAAGCCGAAUCCUCCUCUAACACCCUCUCCCAUUCCAUUCGCAAAGCCGCCAAAUCCUCCAAGCGUCUGGCUGAGCUGCCCUCCCCUCCCGAGGAAGAUGAAAAACCUGCAAUGAUUCCUCGAGGAAAACAGGGUCGACCUUGCGGCUGCAUUACUGGAAGCUCCAAGCCGUCAGAAGAGAUUAGUAACGGUUGGGAAGGCACUGCCAUUUUACAUCAUGGGAGCUACAUCAAAUGUGGGUGUCUUCAGUUCGUUUUUAGCAUUACAGAAUAUGGAUUCCGGUUCGAUUCGGCGGAUUAUAGUACUCCUCCAGUUUCUUGAAAGUUUCCUGCUCAUCUAUCCUAUAUUGACUUAUAAUCAUCAAACCAGUGUAAAUUCAAGAGUCCAUGUGGCUUGAAAGAAGUGGUGAACUAAUAUAUAUUAAUCUAAAUGUAUACAAUGUAUCCCCGUUUCAACAGCAUGACCUCAAUCUUUGCAACUGCUAAUCCUAGACGCAUGUUUCCAAUUGUAAGAAUGGUUCAAAAAAAAAAAAGAUGCAGAGUUAGGGUAUUAAAAGUUUGCAGCAAAUAAAAAAUUCUGUAAAAAAUACAAAAUUUACUUUUUUGUGUGCCCCUCAUGUUCUCAUACAUAUUUAAAAAAAAUCACAAACAUGGAAAAACCAACAAUAGCACAAUAUUCGAAACAUUUACCGUCAAAAUUCAAGGAGAAAUUAGAGUUCAAAAUUCCUAGGGACCAUACUGAAAAUGAGAUAGGAACCUACCACUCUUUCAAACGAACAAUUAUGGCAAUUAUUGAAGCAAAAAAACUGUAUAUAUUUAUUCUUUUCAUUGCUAUUGAAAAAUAAAACACAAUGUUGCAGUAUGAUAGCAAAAACACAGUACAAGCGCUUUUAGAAUUUGAGUAAAAAAUCACAUUUAUUAAUCUGCUACUUAUCUCCUGAAAAAUACAAGUGUAGAGUGGUAUAACUCCCAAAACUCUGCAUUUUAUGUAUGGGUGAAUAUUUGGUCGUAAAU